AUGCCACGUAGUAUCCCAAUCCCAAACCUCAAUCUUACCUCACUCGAUGUAUACAAGCAAGUGCGCCCCAGCACCACAACCGAGCCUCUCCCCAUUGUCCUCGACUUGAUGCUCCAGUCCGCGACCCUCCGUCGUCUGAAACUGCAUAUGCUAAGGGAGCAAUCGAUGAAUGCCAACCCCAAUCAACCUACCCACUCCUUUCCGUUCCGUUCGCAUCUCCGCUCUAAUUCAUUUUCAACUUCCGAGACAAGUCCACAUGUGGAACGCACACCGGCCUUGGAGACACUCGAAUCGUGGGGAUACGAGUUCUGUGACGAUGACAUCGAAUACUGGGCAGACAGGUUCAUUUGGAGCCGUUUGCGGACGCUCAAGCUGUUUCGGGCAUCGAUGGUCUCCGCAUUGGCCUCGGGUUUCCUCGUUCACACCGCGCAGAAGAUGACCUCCCUCACAGUCUUGGAUAUGUCAAUACCUCCCGUCGCUCCGGUAGGAUCUUCUCCAUCCAUUGCGACCCAGGACACAGACCGAGCCUCGUUGUCUGCCGCCAUUAUUGCUGUUCGAGCUACAUUGAUGAAUUUAACGUUGACCGGCGACUAUCGUCCUCAUCUGCACGCAAUUGCGGAGUGUCAAGAGUUGAGGAGGUUGAGCUUGCACAUGUUGGAGGGCGAAGAGAGAAUGAUGAUGACGAAGAAUGAUUUAAUGCUAGUUGGGAGGGGAUGUGCGAAGCUGGAGGAGGUAUGCGUCGAUCUGGACCCGGAGGUUCGCGUAGGGACGGAUAUUAAUCGUUACAGCGAGCAACAGGACAAUGACCAUAUAUCGUCGAGCCGCAUAGUCUGGCCACAAGAGUUUAUCUCCAUGUUCGGACAUCGCGCCCCGCCUGCAUCCGACCCCAUCUCGCUCCCAUUCCCUCACCUGCGGGCCGUCACGUUCUUCGCCCUCGGUCCAUCCAAAUACCUGACAGCCUUAAGGCCACACGGACAAGUAUCCAUGGCUGAGCUCGUGGAAUUGAAGAAGAAGGAAGAUCAGCGUCGACAAUUUCGCGACAUCGCAUAUUCACUCUUCACGUUUCGGGAUACGGCAGGGGGCAGCGACUCUUUCUUGACGGGUGCUCCUCCUUCCCAGACUGUCGCAGGGUUUGAAUCCGCUAUACGGCCACAGACAUUGACGUUGGCCGUGGUAACUAUCAAGCAGGGAGAGUUCGCCCGGAACACUAUAUUCGGGGGUGACGUCCCGGCUCAGUCAUACAUGGCUACAAUACAGGUGCGAUUUCAGGAGGGCCAAGACCGGAAUGAUUAUGUGUUCAGGUGGGAGGAAUUUCUAUAA